UAAAUAUAAUUCGAAAGUAACUCGACAUCGCUUAUUUUGUUUCCUGUUUAAUCAGGAUUUAGACCUCCUCUUCCUCCAUUCUCAAAUGCCAAUAACAACAAUCCUCGAAGAGAAAAGAGAGUGCACUCGAGUUUGAAUAGUGCCUGGCAGAGGAAGGUCUUGCUAACUUGAAACAAUACCUGUCCCGGUCCUUUUGGAUCAUGGCUAAAGAUGCUGGUCUGAUUGAAACGAAUGGAGAACUGAAGGUUUUCAUUGAUCAGAAUUUGAGCCCCAGUAAAGGCAUCCUAUCCUUGGUUGCUGUCCAGCCAGCAGCUGCGCCUGUGGCCAAACAGCUACUACCCAAAACACUUGGGCCUUCAAAUGUGAAUGUUGCAGCACAUGUGCAACACGUGCCACACAUGGUGAUUGGAACGCCCCAGAGACCAUCAGUAUCAAACACGAUCUUGGUGAACAGUCCACACACACCCAGCUCCCAGUUCCUCACUCAGACUCAAACAGCAGAUGCCUCUCCUUGGUCAUCAGGAAAGCGUGGUAAGAAAGGAGAGAAAAACGGAAAAGGCUUGAGGCAUUUCUCCAUGAAAGUGUGUGAGAAAGUGCAGAAGAAAGGAGUAACUACCUACAAUGAAGUGGCAGAUGAACUAGUUGCUGAGUUCAGCUCCGCAGACAACCACAUGUCACCCAAUGACUCGCAUGUAUACGACCAAAAGAAUAUUCGGCGGCGUGUUUAUGAUGCACUGAACGUGCUCAUGGCCAUGAACAUCAUCUCAAAAGAGAAAAAGGAAAUCAAGUGGAUUGGUUUGCCCACCAACUCAGCGCAAGAGUGUCAAAAUUUAGAGGUGGAGAGACAAAGGCGGUUGGAGAGGAUUAAGCAGAAACAGUCACAGCUUCAGGAGCUUAUUCUGCAGCAAAUAGCUUUUAAGAACCUUGUUCAGAGGAACAGACAGUCGGAGCAGCAAGCAAACAGACCCCCACCCCCUAAUUCAAUCAUCCACCUUCCUUUUAUCAUCGUCAACACCAGCAAGAAGACGGUCAUUGACUGCAGCAUCUCCAAUGACAAGUUCGAGUAUUUGUUCAAUUUCGACAGCAUGUUUGAGAUCCAUGAUGAUAUCGAGGUGCUGAAGCGUAUGGGCAUGGCCUGCGGCUUGGAAGUGGGAAAAUGUUCUCCAGAGGACCUGAAGGUUGCUCGUAGCCUGGUGCCCAAAGCGCUUGAGCCUUAUGUUAUAGAGAUGGCCAAAGGCCCCAUCAGUAACGUGUACAUCACUGGGGGGUCCUCUGCCAACGGAGCGCGUUACCCUGCCAGCAGUGACGGCUGCACCGACGGCACCAUGGCCUCCAGCUCCAACGACUCUCACUACAGCGGCUCCCGUGUGGAGACCCCGGUGUCUUACAUGGGCGACGACGACGACGACGAGGAGUAUGACGAGAACGAUGACGAAGACUAACCUAACCCCCCUCCCCUUCCCCUCUCCAACAAGCACAGCCUUUUGAACCAGAGUCCCUGUGGGAGUUGUUCUCCUUCCUGUGUGCUUCUCGAACACCCCCCUCCCCGUGACCCUGCCUGUGUUUCUGCUUGGCUCUCUCAGGGGUGUAGAUGAAAAUUGAAAGAACAGAGGUGCUUUUUACACCCGUUGCUGUUGUUUCCAUUGUUCUGUAUGUCUAACCCACUUUUCAAUAAGCCAUCCCUCCUGAACGCCUCUCUACAUCAUCCUGCUGUUGGAGAAUGUAAAAUGUGUGAACUGAAUUAUUAUUUUGCAUUUACUUUGGCAGACAGACAUUAUAAUCAGUGUUCCUCUGCGUCUUCUGUUCUUGCCAUACCAUGGAUUCUGAAUGGCCGGAGGCUGUUUCCAUGGCGUCCAUUGAUGGGGCUCCAUCACAUGUGUAGAUACUUUUUUGUUUUUGUGUUCUGGGCAAUGAUUUCAAAUAGUUCUUUUUUGUUUGUUUGUUUUUGAUCCCCAUUAUUCUGGGUUGGCUUCCUUCGGUUCUGUAGGCAGCUGCUUCCCCAUUUUCUUUUUAUUUUAUUUUGCUAGGUUUUUUUGUUUUGUAUUCUGGAGUUGAGGAAUUCUUUAUCACCGCCCUGUUGUUAUCGUCUCUGUAGUGUUUACAAAAAAAGGCAACAGCAAGUUAUCGUCUGUCAUGACCCAGGCUCCUGAUAGGUAAAUAAGCUUUGUUUUCUUAAUUGCGUAUAUAAAUCCUAUGACGAUUGUAGCUUAUAGUAUUAGAGGCCAGUGGUAAAGAUAGACCUUGAAAAUUAUUGAUGUAACAAAAAUGAGUGGUUGUAUAGAUCUUUGUGUAUUCACUUCAAAGAUCUCCCUUUUAAAACUGAGCAACACAUGUACUGACUCUUCCAAAUACCUUUUCUGUAAUCUAAUAUAAGUUUUCAAAUUAAAGUAUGUUUUACUACG